AUGCAGCACAUACUGGCCAGCUCAACCACAGGCCUACAUAUAUCCCACUGUGUCAUACUACAAUACAAAACCAGCUUUAUAAGGAAAUUUAAAGAGAAUAAAUCUAUUUUUGUAAAAAGUAUUUAUAUCUACCAAUUUACACAUGUAGUUAUCGAGUAGCGAUGAAUGGUUACUGCAUGCAG